CGAAGUUCCCUCUCCCUUUCUUAUUUUUUUUCCUCUCUUCUUUUCCUCUCCGUCCGUCCGUCUCUCUCUCUCUCUCUCUCACACCUUCUCGCGGUUCUCUCUCUUUUUCCUUUCUCCUUACACUUUAUAACAUUAUCGACGUAUCGCUCUGUCAUUUUGUUUGUCACUGUCCGAAAGCUCAUCUUCGCUCAUCAACCACCACCGCCACAAGAACCAAAUCAUGACACAAUUAUUUGAGCAGCCCAUGCUUUCACUGUCGCCUCAGACCAUUGACAAUAUCCAUGAUGUGGACGAUCUAGGCGCAAUGUGGACCGUGUUCACAAAGUGCAAAGCACAUUUGGAAAACGGACAACGAUUGGAAAACAUGUCGUGGCGACUAUGGUUCCAUGAGAAACAAAUACACCAAACGCGAAAGAAAGAACAAGAAUGCGACGACUACUUUUCAUAUAUCCCAACAACCACGACUACAACAAGUAGCAGUAGUAGCAAUAGUAGCAAUAGUAAAGCAAACGACAACUAUCAUCAUCGUCAUCGUCAUCAUCGACCCUCGUUGGAAACCUGUUCUUCUUCUAAUACAACUGCCGCAAGUAGUACAAGUAGUAAUAGUACUAGUACGAGUAGCUCAUCGUCAUCAUCUUCGGUCACCUCCGUGUCGAGCCAUACAUCACACUCUAUUAAGCGGUUUAUCUCCAUGCUAUCACCUGGACAGGACGUGUGGUCACACCAACCCCCAACCAUCACCGCUCCGACUACCGCCAAUGCCACUACUGCUACUAAAACUACCACUACUACUGCUACUACUACUGUAGAGUCGCAUGAUCGGCAUACAGUCACCAAUCAGCAGGCGCCGGCUGAGCUUGUUCAUGAGGUCGUUGUCGCCGAACAACCUCAUCAACAGCCGCCACAACAUCCAUCAUCACCCUCAACGUCACCAGUAGCAAAUUAUUCAUUACAACAGCAGCAGCAGCAGCAGCAGCAGCAGCAAAAACCAAAAGUGCUUAUUCUUGACGAUGAUUAUGAUUAUGACGAUUACGAUGAAGACGAAGAUAACGACGACGACCUGGAUUCACUUGAUGACGAUAUAUCGCUAGACGACGAUCUAGAUUUACUGGAUGAUGAUGAUGAUGAUGAAGAAGAAGGCGAUGAUUACUUUGUAAAACGUGAACCUCAUCCAUUACCACCGAGCCAGCCUUCACUGUUGUCAGCGAUGCUCAAUAAGCAGCAGACAACCUCAUCAUUAACCAUCACCUCGUGUAAUACCAGACCAGACCAUCAUCAUCACCAACAACAACAGCAACAACAACAUUAUCUACGCAAAGAACUCUCCGACAGUCUGCGACGUAAUGUCCUGUGGGAACAUAUUCAACAAAAAACGUUUUAUCGUCAUAAUCUUACUACAUCUACUACUACUACUACUACUAGCAACAAUCUUAAUAAUAGAAAACAACAGCAACAACGUCAACUAGCAUCAUCAUCAUCAUCAUCAUUACUAUCAUUACAAAAGCAACAGCAGCCUUACAAUGAGAACAAUCCAUCCUUAAGUAAGGACAACAGCAACACUACUACGGGAUGGCUGGAAAGUUUUCAUGGCUGGUAACAACCCACCCACUUGUAAAGCACACACACACGUUUCUUCUUUUAAAAAGAGAAUAAUAAAAAAUACGAAAACUUGGCUGUAGGGUGUUAUUGUUUGUAUGUGCAUAUGCAGUGGGAGGGGAACCUUAAAAAUUGAAAAGUAAACACAACAGCGAGAAAAUCCUCAACGCCAGCAAAGUUUAAC